CUUUUACCCAUUGAGCCUGCCUUAAAAGCCGCAUCAAUAUGGCUAAACCUAAAUACUCUGCGUAUUCUUCUAACUUACAAAAGGCCGAAGUGGCAGUCAAUAAGAACGAAAAUGAAAAGCCACGAAUCGGCGCUUACACGUCUAUCCUCCUUGCAGCCGCAAUACCUAGCCUCCUUGUAUUAUCCGUGACUGGAGUUCUUAUCGGCUUAACUUUGAAACAUCGCGUAAUUAUUAACACCGGCUUACCAGAACUACAAACUUCCCCCUCUGGCAACAAUACUGCUGCGCGGCCGAACAACUUCGAUAGUCUGAUUCAAACAGGAGGUCCAAAUGCAUAUUAUAUCGAAUUCAAUCCGUCAUCUCUCAGUACAAUUGCCUCUGUGACUGGAAAAUUCAUUCCAUAUCUUUCAAGCGCUGUAACCGGAAUAGCAGCCUUUUUCGCUGCGAAUACGAUACACAAGAUAACAGAAAAAGAGCAAGAUGCUAAACUCCUUACGCCAAAGCAAAUGUCGAUUCUACUAGGGCUACUUCUUAGCGGUUGGCUGGGUAUGUGGGAUUCAAUAUGCUAUAGAGCGAGGAGAGGUAACAGGUUUAAUGGCCCUCUGUUGACCGUUGUCAUUACCCUUACUUUUACAACACUCUUAGGUUUUGUGAUCCCAAUCAUUGAUACUUGGUUUGGCAUUGUUGUGGUACCAAAGGAACAAACGCAAAUCCAAGUCAUUAGCCCUCCCGCGCACGCUUAUGGUCGAGGGCUAAGUGGUGAAUGCAUAGCACACACUAAUGAAGAUGCUCCAUGCAACAUUGAAGUUUCCCAGAUGGAAAGCUCCCUACAAUCCAGCAGCGAGGGUUUCAAAAUCGCAAACAACAUCUCUACCACCAACGUUGUGAACCAAUUCUCAGCAAGCCCAUCACAGACGAUCUUGUAUCUCGCAGACGCAGCAGGAUCAUCAGAUCUCGAUUAUAAAGCUGGCACUUUCGCGGCGUCAGUUCAGUGCCAGUCGAUAACAUACCAGUGCACAAAAGACACCGACGUUGGGAACUCAGAUUACAACUGCACGAAAGCGCUUGCAGGUAGUUUCAACGAGCCUGACAAUAACCCAGACGAUGCAGAAAUAUUUUAUAACCCAUCAGGCGCAAGAUUAUUCACCGAUUCAAGCUUGACCAAAACGACCCGUUUCAGUUUCCAGAACCCAGUAUAUUUUGCUGCUUGGGCUACAAGAGUACAGAUUGACUCUAAUGCGUUUUUAAACGACACUGGGAUCAUUGCUAGCUCUAAUAUUCCAGACGUAUACAAUUGGAUUCUCAACUGCUCCGCUACAUUUUAUGAGGCCACCUAUGCUUGGGUCAAUGGCUCUGCAAUUAGUCUCAACACUACGCUUGCGAAUAGUACCAUGGGCGGUAUUCUAUCCGCUCCUCUAUCCGAUCAACAUGCAAAUGAUCUGAUGCAAGUCGCAACAAACCUAGCAAGCGUCAGCAACAACUCUGCUGAAAUUGCAACUAUAACCGCAAAUUACAUUGCCCACAUUGCAUUAUCUCUAUCGAUUGGCGCCAUAAGUAACCGAUCAAAUCUCCUUGAACAAUCUCGCUCAACCUUAUUACUCACACGAGUCCCGACAAUUCCCUUUUAUCUUUUGAUCGCUUUUAAAUUUGUUUACGUCCUAGGUGUUGUACUAUUUGCGAUCGCCGCUAUCAUUUUGACACAUCCCAGCGAGUCAGCGGGUAUUAAAGCAAAACUCACAAUCGACGGUUUAAUGACGACGAUAUUUAGAGAAGAUAAAAUUAAAAGCUCACCUACAGUGAAUUCAGAGGACCGAACGGAAUCUGAAGAGCCAGAACAACAAGAAGAGCUACAAGUUGGCUCAGGGGUAAUUGGAGAAGGAGAUAUCAAGGUCUCCAUUGUGAAGGAAAACGAAGACUGGUCCUAUGCUGCAGUGAUACGAGAUAAAAAUGAAAAGGUGGUGAAGAUUGUAUAGGAAAUUGGAAAUAUGAGCGAGAUUCUUUAUACAAAUUGAAAUGAUAGAAAGAAACCGACAACUACUUAGGAAGUUUUAACAGAUAAAAGUGUAUUUAUGUAUGACAAAGAUAAUGAAUGACUGAG